GCCAGGAGCAGGGCCCUGCCCAGCUUGGUCCGUGGCAGGAGCUAACCUCUCAGACCAGCCCAGCCCAGCCCCAAACUGGAACUCCGGGGUGGGGGCAGAGGUCCCGUGGUCACGAUGCUCUGAGACCCCAGGGAUCCGCGGGAACCCCCGCCCAUGGCGCUGAACCGCCUGAGGGUGGUUUUCUUCUCUGGAGACCGGAGGCAGAUUCCCAGGGCUGGAUUCCCAGGUGGUGCCCAUGGAGUCUGGCCCUGGGGAGGGAGGCGUGGCUCUGGCCAUCCCCCCACUGAGGCCCAGUGAGAAGUUCCACCUGUUCGUGAGCUACAGCAGCGUGGAUGCCACCUGGACCCACGGGCUCAUCAGCCGCCUGGAGGCGGACCUCGCGGGGCUGAAGGUCUGCCUGCACGAGCGGGACUUCACCCCGGGGAGGAAUGUGCUGGAGAACAUGGCGGAGUGUAUCCAGCAGAGCCAGAAGGUGCUGCUGGUGCUGAGCCAGGACUUCGUGCAGAGCCGGUGGUGCCUCCUGGAGGCCGACCUGUCGCUCUUCGGCUCCUGCCUGGAGAGGAAGCCGGUCAUCCCGGUCCUGCUGAGGCCCUGCCAGGUCCCGCUGCACCUCAGCCACCUGACUUACCUGGAGGCAGCAGACAGCCACUUCUACCGCAAAGUGGUGCAGCUCCUGCUCAUGCCCAACCACUGCCUGGCCCGCUCCCUGCCCGCCUGGCGCCCCGCCACCUCCCUGUACAGCGGGAAGAGCCUCCUGACCCUGAACUGCAUUAACAGGGACAGUCUGCCCUCGUGGAAGGUGGGCACCUUCAGCACCCUGGGCGUCCCCGACCCCCUGAAGGAGGUGCUGGAGGACCCCGAGGUGUACAAGCGAGCCGUGGGCAUCCUCAACGGGGUGCGGUCCCCCAGGUCCUGCCUCCGCUACCUGGGCUGCAGGGUCACGCUGGCCGUCUUCCUGUUUCUCGUGGCCUUGGCCCUGCUCUCCCUGCCCCUGAUCAUGGGCCUCCUGGAAAACACCCCAGCUCAGCGCUUCUUCCUCAUCUCUGCCAACAUAUUUUUCUGCCCCCUCUUCUUCGUGUUGGGAGUUAACACCCUGUGCUGGUUCAGGAGGUUCUCUAAGAAGAUGAUGCAGGAACUGGUGCUCAGGGUGGGGGAGGCCAACCUCCUGCUGGCGCCCCACUCGCUGCUGAUGGGCUGCGACACCAUGAACAAGCUGCACUUCGUGUACGUGCUGCUGGGCGACUGCAGGCGGGUCUUCCUGGAGGCCGCGGAGGGCGAGGCCCUGUUCCGGGAGGCCCUGCUGCGCUUCUCCUGCAGCUACGCCUGCUGCGUGGCGCACGCGUACUUCCCCGCCUGCGACGAGGCGCACAGAGCCCGCGGCCACCUGGAGCUGGGCCUGUGCUUCUGCCAGUUCGUGUCCUUGCAGCUGCAGACGCACCAGGGGCGUGAGGUUAACCCCGUGUGACGCCAGCGCCCUCCGUCGGACGUCUGGCCGCCCCUCAGCUGGCCCUGCGGACCAGGCCUCAAUGAGGUGCGUAGGGGACCCUCCCCUGUGGCCAAGACCUGCGCCCGCAGGCCCCACACCAGCCCGAGGACCCCGCAGCCUGCUCUGAAGGCAGACAGGGGCUGGGGAGACGGCAGGCUGGCCUGUGACCCCAGGUGUCCUCAGGACGUGGCCUGCUCCUCCGAGGAAAUGCUCACUGCCUCUCUCUGGACGGCUCGUUGGCGUCCAGGGGCCGGGACAGAACCCGCUGGCUCGUUGUGGCCCCGCCCUGAGCAGCCCUUCCAGGCACCUUCCCCUCAGACUGGAGCAUGGAGGGAGGCCAGGCCAGCCUCCAGGACUGGGGGCUGUCCACCCUUCACCGCCAGGGCGACACACACACACACAUAGACGCCCCCCCCCCAC